AUGGUCGAUUCUGGAACAACAGACACUGGAGUUGCUACUACUCGACUGAGCCAUUAUGAUGGUCCAGCUAUCAAAUUGGAUCAUGUUUUUGGUCUUAGAUUAAACUGGAUGUCAUAUGUUGACCGAUCUUAUUGGUUUGGGUAUGCAUUCAAUGGACGCAUUUCGAUUCCCGGAACAACCAUUUGGGCUAGUCAAGCCCCAAUAACUGGUAUAACUAUACAGUCUACUAGGCCAUUGUUCAUGAGUCCAAACAUUAACGGAAUUCUAGGGAUAUCGUAUCCAGAAAAUGCUAGAUAUCAUGGUAUACAUGGAUCUGUAAUAGAUGCGUUUUUCAACGAAAACACCAUUGAUAAAAACGAAGUAGCGAUACAAAUGUGUUCAUAUUCGCUGACCCAUGAUAGCUAUAUUGAUAUCGGAAACAAAGACAUUGAACCAAAAUGCGGAACAGACGGAACUCCACUAAUUUGGAUCAAGUCUCCAAGUAGAAAGUUUAUAACUGUCACUGUCUUGAGAAUCACGGUAGAUAAUCAGUUGGUCAAACUACCCAAAGGCUUCCAACGCGCAAAACUGUUUACUUUAAACCAAUGGUCACUGUUUGAUGUAUGCUCCACACACACACAAGUGCCUGACACGGUCUUCGAAGCACUGAAAAAAGCCAUCAAGACCAGCAAAGCAAUCUUGAGUCAUAUCAGUGAUUUAGGUUGGGAAGGAUUCUUUUGCGGCAAACUCAACAUGCCAAAUACAAUCAAGUUUGACUGGAAAAAGUUUCCCACUAUUUCGUUUACAAUGGAAUCUGCCAGCUCAUUGGAUUCAGCUACAGACACGCUGCCAGUUGUUGUUACAUUAUCUGGAAUGGAUUAUAUUCAGCAAAACGAAAGAGGCGAAUAUCAAUUUUUGAUUCGAGGUGGUUACAAUAGAUAUGUGAGUUUUGGUAUAUCGAGUUUUCUCAGACUCAAAAUUACCAUUGAUCGUACUAAUGGAAACGUCGGACUUGGGCCUGGCUGUAAUUGUGAACACUCUAUUGAUGGGUAUCCAGCUUUACAAGAUCCGUAUGGAAAAAUAUGGCGUUCUCCAAUCGCACAGGCCUCCAAUGACCCAUUAGAAUCUACUCAAAAUGUACCACAGUCUCAGGCAGCUUCAUCCAGUACAUCUGAGCACGAUUAUACGUGA